ACCAUACUGUACACAGGUCAGAUAGUACACCUUAAAUAUAUCUUCUUCUCAGACUGCUACGUUAUAGCUGUGUGUGCUGUAGUUUGUCUUAUACUUACCUGCUUUUUUCUUAACGCAAAAAAACAAACAGGAAGACAUGCCAUACAUCUAUCAAGGCUCGAAGCAGAGGGAACCCAGUUUCCCCCACACUGCCCGAACCAUCCACUCAUCUGGUAAAACAUAUGAGCAGCUCAAGCAAGAAUGUCUUCAGAAAGGAACUUUGUUUGAAGAUCUUGAUUUUCCUGCACAUGACAGUUCCCUAUUCUACAAUGAAAAACCAAAUAUCCCAUUUGUAUGGAAAAGACCUAAGGAAAUUGUAAAGGACCCAGAGUUUAUAUUAGGCGGUGCUUCAAGAACGGAUGUCUGUCAAGGUGAUCUUGGGGACUGCUGGCUAUUGGCUGCUAUUGCCUCUCUCACUCUCAAUGAAAAACUACUAUACAGAGUCGUUCCACUUGACCAGUCAUUUGGUUCUGGGUAUGCAGGAAUAUUUCAUUUUCAGUUUUGGCAACAUAAUGAAUGGGUUGAUAUUGUAAUUGAUGAUAGGCUGCCUACCUUUAGAAACCGUCUGGUAUUUCUUCAUUCAGCUGAUCUAAAUGAAUUCUGGAGUGCAUUAAUAGAAAAGGCAUAUGCCAAACUAAACGGAAGCUAUGAAGCUCUAAAAGGUGGGAGUACCAUAGAGGCAAUGGAAGAUUUUACUGGAGGCGUUUCUGAAAUGUAUGAAAACAAGAGUUCUCCAAGUAAUUAUUUUGAGAUAAUGGACAAAGCUUUGAAGAGAGGUUCAAUGUUAGGUUGUUCUAUUGAUAUCACAAGUUCUGCUGAAACAGAAGCAAAAACACCCCAGGGACUUGUAAAAGGUCAUGCUUACUCAAUAACUGGCUUAGAUGUGGUAAAUUUCAGAGGGCAAAACGUGCAACUUAUUAGAGUGAGGAACCCUUGGGGACAGGUAGAAUGGAAUGGAGCAUGGAGUGACAAUUCUCCAGAAUGGAGUUCCAUUGAUCCAGCAGAGAGAAAACGCCUGUGUCAAACAUCACUUGAUGAUGGUGAAUUUUGGAUGAAGAUGGAAGACUUUAAAAGAUACUUUGAUAAAGUUGAAAUUUGCAACCUCACCCCUGAUGCACUAGAUGAUGACACAGAACAUAAGUGGGAAGUGAAUGUCCAUCAAGGAAGCUGGGUCAGAGGCUCCACAGCUGGAGGAUGCCGUAAUUUCUUAGAAACCUUUUGGACAAAUCCCCAGGUUAAGCUGAGCCUCACAGAGAAGGAUGAUGGCCGCAAUGAGUGUACUUUUAUCGCAGCUUUGAUGCAAAAGAACAGGCGGAAGUUAAAAAAAGUGGGAGCUGAACUGUUAACUAUAGGAUAUGCAAUUUAUCAGUGUCCUGGAAGUCAGUCCCAGAUGACAAAAGAUUUUUUCAAGUUCAAUGCAUCUAAAGGAAGAAGCAAAACAUAUAUUAACGUGAGAGAGAUCUCCCAAAGAUUCACUCUUCCACCUGGGGACUACAUGAUUAUUCCUACAACAUUUGAGCCACAUGAAGAGGCAGAUUUUUGUCUUAGGGUCUUUUCAGAGAAGAAAUCAGAAAUAACGGAGAUUGAAGGAGAUAUACAUGUGGACCUUCCUGAUCCACCAAAACCAAAUCCUCCACACAAGGAAACUGAAGAAGAAAGACAAUUCCGCACUUUGUUUGAGCAAAUUGCUGGAGAAGACUUGGAAGUUAGUGCUGAAGAGCUGCAAUAUGUUCUGAAUGCUGUUUUGCAAAGAACAAAGAAUAUAAAGAUUAAGGAAUUAAGUCUCCUAUCAUGUAUAAACAUAAUCUCACUUAUGGAUACCAGUGGCAAUGGGAAGCUUGGAUUUGACGAGUUCAAAAUCUUCUGGGACAAGUUAAAAAACUGGAUUAAUAUCUUUCUCCAGUAUGAUGCUGACAAAUCUGGAACUAUGUCUUCAUAUGAGCUUCGAUUGGCCCUGAAAGCAGCAGGGUUUCAGCUCAACAACACAGUGUUGCAACUGAUUGUCUUGAGAUAUUCAGAUGACCUCUACCAGAUAGAAUUUGAUGAUUAUCUGAACUGUUUGGUUCGUCUGGAAAAUUGUUGCUGCGUGUUUCAUUCAAUUAACAAAAGCAACACUGAUACAAUCAGUGUAAAUCAAGCAGAGUUCAUCAGCCUAGCAAUGAACAUCUAAUGAGAAUCAUGGAUCAGCAAAAAUACUUGAAUAAUGAUUGUAUAAUAAUGCUGUAUGUGUUCUUCACUUUAGUUAUUCAUAUAGAAAUGGGUCAGAUUACUAAUUCUGUAUACAUUAAAAAUUAUUUAGGUGUAUAACAUCUCUGUAACUCAUUAUUAAUAAACAAAUAUGGCAUAAAGAG